GGAUAGGACUGUCGCGACGCGGUGUUAGAAACUGCUUGAAAACAACGAACCAACUAUCUGCACCAACGCAAAACUUCCAGUAGAAUGGCUGUCCCUCCAUCAUAUGGUGACCUUGGUAAAUCUGCAAAGGACAUCUUCAACAAAGGAUAUGGUUUUGGAUUGGUGAAACUUGAUGUCAAGACUAAGUCUUCAAGUGGAGUGGAAUUCAAAACCUCUGGCUCAUCCAACACUGACACCAGCAAAGUCAAUGGCAACCUGGAGACCAAGUACAAAUGGGCUGAAUACGGCCUGACGUUUACAGAGAAGUGGACCACAGACAACACUCUGGGGACUGAGAUCACCGUUGAAGACCAGAUCACCAAAGGACUGAAACUUACGUUCGACACCCAGUUCUCACCAAAUUCUGGCAAGAAGAGUGGUAAGGUGAAGACUGCGUAUAAGCGUGAAUACGUCAACUUGGGCGUGGAUGUAGACUUCGACUUUGCCGGCCCGGCCAUCCAUGGGGCAGCGGUGGCCGGAUAUGAGGGAUGGCUGGCAGGCUACCAGAUGACCUUCGACACGGCGAAGUCCAAAAUGACCCAGAGCAACUUCGCUGUUGGCUACAAGACGGGAGAUUUCCAGCUGCACACCAAUGUUAAUGAUGGCACAGAGUUUGGAGGGUCCAUUUACCAGAAGGUGAAUGACAAGCUGGAGACUGCUGUGAACCUGGCCUGGACAGCAGGCAGCAACAGCACGCGCUUUGGCAUCGCUGCCAAGUAUCAGCUGGACUCCAGUGCCUCCAUAUCUGCUAAAGUUAACAAUGCCAGCUUGGUGGGAGUGGGCUAUACCCAGACGCUGCGACCAGGUAUGAAACUUGUCCUGUCUGCACUGGUCGACGGUAAGAGCAUCAACGCCGGUGGCCACAAACUGGGACUGGGCCUGGAGCUAGAGGCAUAAGUAUCUAGCUAUCCUUUCUAGUGAAGUCUUCAUAUUUGAAUAUUUGAGGGAAUAUCAGAAGAAUUUGGCCUUAUUUAUUUCCAACCCAACAACCAGUAAGGGAUGUCUCAAAGGAAAGUGAUGAAUCUAAUCUAAAACAUCCUCAACAUAGCCCUCAGUUCUGUCAGUUAGAUGGAUCCCUGACCUAUCAGCCACUGUCAUUUCCUUUCAGUUGGUUUGUAGUCAGUCAUCCUGUGUGUCCUAUGACAGUAGCCCAGUACUACUAAGCCUGUUAUGUAUUGGUUUGUAGUCAGUCAUCCUGUGUGUCCUAUGACAGUAGCCCAGUACUACUAAGCCUGUUAUGUAUUGGUUUGUACUCAGUCAUCCUGUGUGUCCUAUGAACAGUAGCCAGUACCACUAAGCCUGUUAUGUAUUCAGUCAUGUAUUCCUGUACUGUACCACUAGUGAAAUACAUCCUCCUUCUCAAAGAGCGUGUUCAUUCUGCAUGUUUUACGUUUGUUUUAUUGGUUUGGCUCGGACAAUCCGAGGAGGGUUAUAUUAAGAUGUAUACUUUGAUUUAAUUCUAUAUAUAAUAACAAUGUUAUUAUGUUGUCAUUAUGUGACAAUCCUGAACUGUUGUUUUGCACACUAGCAAAUUAUAUUAUACCUUAAUUUAUAUCCUUUCUUUCCCUGUUUCAUUUGCACAUAUAGUAGCCUUCGGUUAGCAACGCUUUGCCUGUUGUCAGGACGACUCAGAAUGUUCAUCACGUAUUCUAGGGACCUUAAACCUCUAUUCUAUUGGGUGAUGAUCUAUUUAGAUCAUAUUCUUGAGGACAUGUUAAUUAAUUAUGCUUACUGCUUCGCCACCCAUUCUGCGGUCUUUGGCAGAUCCAUACGAUCUUGAUUACCUAACCUGUUUCCUAGUUGAACAUGGUAAUAUAAAUUGCACGACAUUGCCAAAUGGGAUUUUCUGGGUGUCAUUAGAAAGGAAAAGGGGAAACUAUUAUAACUGAGCGAAUCCUCCACCUCCCCUUCCCUUAGCUGUGUAUAAAUGAUAUGACUGGGAAACCAGAAACCAAGUCCACUUGUCUAUGUCUACCUUUACAAUAAAGUCUUUAAACAA